CACAGUGCAAUUAUGGGGACGGUUAGCGAGCUGUGUGCCUCCAGUUUCCAGACGUUUCUCUGUCCAACAGCAAGACCUGCAGCAACUAAAGUGCCUGACGAUCUGAGUCCCGAGGAGAAACAGGAGUUGGAGAGCAUACGCCGCAGGAAACAAGAACUACUGCAGGACAUACAGAGGCUGAAGGAUGAGAUAGCAGAGGUGACGAAUGAAAUUGACAACCUGGGCAUUACCAAAGAGAGGAAAAGCAUGCAGAGAAACAAGCAGGUGUCCAUGGGCCGCAAGAAGUUCAACAUGGACCCCAAGAAGGGGAUCCGGUUUUUGAUUGACAGCGGUCUGCUGAAGAACACCAGCGAUGACAUCGCCCAGUUCCUAUACAAAGGGGAGGGGCUUAACAAGACCGCCAUCGGAGACUAUCUGGGGGAGAGAAAUGACUUCAAUCUUGAGGUUCUACAUGCCUUCGUGGAGCUGCAUGAAUUCACAGACCUCAACCUGGUCCAGGCACUCAGGCAGUUCCUUUGGAGUUUCCGGUUGCCAGGCGAAGCUCAGAAGAUUGACAGGAUGAUGGAGGCGUUCGCCCAGAGAUACUGUCACUGUAACCCUGGGGUCUUCCAGCACAGCGAUACGUGUUAUGUGUUGUCGUUUGCUGUAAUCAUGCUGAACACCAGUCUCCAUAACCCCAAUGUGAAGGACAAACCCUCCCACCAGAGAUUCACCGCCAUGAACAGAGGAAUCAACGAUGGAGGUGACCUGCCUGAGGACCUACUCAGGAACCUGUAUGAGGGUAUAAAGAAUGAGCCCUUUAAGAUCCCAGAGGAUGAUGGGAAUGACCUCACACACACUUUCUUCAACCCCGACCGGGAGGGUUGGCUACUCAAACGAGGAGGGCGCGUGAAGACGUGGAAGAGACGAUGGUUCAUCCUCACAGACAACUGCCUGUACUACUUUGAGUACACUACUGAUAAGGAGCCUAGGGGUAUCAUCCCUCUGGAGAAUCUGAGUAUUAGAGAGGUGGACGACUCCAAGAAAGCAAACUGUUUUGAGCUGUUCAUCCCAGACCACAGGGAUCAGGUGAUCAAGGCGUGUAAGACCGAGGCGGACGGACGUGUUGUCGAGGGCAACCACACCUUCUAUCGAAUCUCCGCCACAGCCGAGGAAAAGGAGGAGUGGAUCACCAGCAUCAAAAAAGCCAUCAGCAGGGACCCCUUCUACGAGAUGCUGGCAGCCCGGAAGAAAAAGGUGUCUGCCCUGACAAGCCUGUAGGAAAGACCCAGGCUCCAGCACUUCAGCAGGAGGAGCAGGCC